AUGCCCGACAAGAUCCUCGACGACAUCUCCCACCGCAGGUAUAACCCGCUGACCGGGUCCUGGCUGCUGGUCUCGCCCCACCGAACAAAGCGACCAUGGCAAGGACAGCAAGAGGGAGCACAAGCGAACACCCUGCCAGACUAUGAUCCGCAGUGCUACCUCUGUCCUGGUAACCCUCGCGCCCAAGGCGACGCCAACCCGCAAUACGCGAACACCUUUGUCUUCGUAAACGACUACAGUGCUGUCAAGGAGGAGCAGGCUGAGUAUCACCCACCGGAGCCUUCCUCCAGCGAUGACCUCUCAGCCCUCCUGCUCCGCGCCGAGCCCGUCACGGGCAAGUGCUACGUCCUGACUUUCAGUGCGAAGCACUCCGUGACCCUGGCCGACAUGUCGCCCGCCGAGAUUCUCCCCGUCAUCGAGACGUGGACGCGCAUCUACGCCGCCCACUUGUCACCCUCGAAUCCCCUGUCAAGCGUCGCCGCCGCCCUGCCGCUGCUGCAGAAGCAGCCCGGGCUGCCAGACAACAUCGACAGGCCGAAGCACCAGCUGCGCUACAUGCAGAUUUUCGAGAACAAGGGCGCUGCGAUGGGCUGCAGCAACCCCCACCCCCAUUGCCAGGUUUGGACAACGAGCACGCUGCCCGAGGAGCCGGGCAAGGAGAUCGCGCAGAUGACCAAGUACCGCGCGGAGCACGACGGGCGGCACCUGCUGGCCGACUACGUCAAGCUAGAGAUUGAGAAGGGUGAGCGUGUUGUCUGGCAGAAUGAGGGGUUCGUGGUCGUGUGCCCGUGGUGGGCGGUCUGGCCGUUCGAGCUGCUGAUCAUUGCCAAGAGGCAUGUUCGCGCUCUAGUGGACCUCAGCGAUCAGGAGAGGGUGUGGUUUGCCGAGGCGGUCCAGGAGGUCACCAGACGAUAUGAUAAUUUGUUUGAGUGCAGCUUCCCAUACAGUUCUGGCAUCCACCAAGCACCCCUCGACUGCACAGAGGAAGAGGCCGAGAACAGCUAUUUCCACAUGCACUUUUACCCGCCCCUUCUGCGCUCCGCGACGGUGCGCAAGUUCCUUGUGGGAUACGAGCUGCUGGCUGAGCCACAGCGGGAUAUCACGCCGGAGCAGGCGGCGGCGAGGCUCAGGCCGUUGGGAGGUGAAGUCUACCGGAAGAGCCUCCUGAAGUAG